GAGACCCGGAAGCGGCACGAAGGCUUCCCAGAAUCCUUCGCCCUUCCUUUUCCCCGGCGGUAGCUGUGGCUGUAAGGUAAGCUCUGAAAAUGGUCCGCUACUCACUUGAUCCGGAGAACCCCACAAAAUCAUGCAAGUCAAGGGGGUCCAACCUUCGUGUUCAUUUUAAGAACACACGUGAGACUGCCCAGGCUAUCAAGGGCAUGCACAUCCGAAAAGCUACCAAGUACUUGAAGGAUGUGACCCUAAAGAAGCAGUGUGUUCCCUUCCGUCGUUACAAUGGUGGCGUUGGCAGAUGUGCCCAGGCCAAACAGUGGGGCUGGACACAGGGGCGUUGGCCAAAAAAGAGUGCCGAGUUCCUCCUGCACAUGCUUAAAAAUGCUGAGAGCAAUGCUGAGCUCAAGGGUCUGGAUGUAGACUCUCUGGUAAUUGAGCACAUUCAGGUUAACAAAGCUCCCAAAAUGCGCAGGCGAACCUACAGGGCUCAUGGUCGCAUUAACCCCUACAUGAGUUCUCCUUGCCACAUUGAGAUGAUCCUCACAGAGAAGGAGCAAAUUGUCCCUAAGCCAGAAGAGGAAGUUGCUCAAAAGAAGAAGAUCUCUCAAAAGAAACUGAAGAAGCAGAAACUGAUGGCUCGGGAAUAAACAUCUAUUCAGUUCACAAAUAAAAAACAAAAUUUUAAGUUAA